CCGGAGGAGCGAGUAUCUGUGUCGCCGCCGCCCGCGGCGUCCCCGGUUUGGUGUUGCGGCGCCCACCUUCGGGAGGAUCAGGCUGCUUCUGAUGCUUGGAAGCUAUCCUCUCAGCCACAAAGAUGGUAAUAAAUCUUUGCCUCCCACAGUUCAGACCAAGAAUUCACUGCAACAAGAUAUCAGCUGAUGGUUACGAAGUAGAAAAUCUCAUCUCUGAAGAUCUCACAAAGAGAAGUCAUGGUUUCAGGACAGAGUAUUUCAUUAAGCCACCAGUCUAUGUGACAGUUUCAUUUCCCUUUAAUGUGGAAAUCUGUAGGAUCAACAUAGACCUUACAGCUGGAGGAGGUCAGAACGUCAUUGGCCUGGAAAUGUACACAUCUGCCUCAUCUAGCAGAGUGUCUUGGAAUAUGCUCCAGUGCCGGACCCUGGGCCCAGCUGAGCCAUCUGUCCCAGACAAGGAGGCAUUCACCUUGGUAGGCAAAGUCUUACUGAAAAACCAGAGCCAAGUGGUGUUUAGUCACAGGGGCUUCAAGGCCAGGCCCCCUUUUGGCCCAAUGGAAGCCACACUCCCCUCCCCCGCUGUUGUGGCCCAGGAGCUCUGGAAUAAAGGGGCUCUUUCCCUUAGCCACGUGGCCCACCUAAGGAUCUGUAUCACCCAUGUGACAGGCAGUGGUAUCCCUUGUAUCAAGCGGUUGGAAGUGUGGGGUCAGCCGGCCAAGACCUGCUCCCAGGAAGUGAUAGACAGCAUCCUGCUGGUCGCCUCAGAGAACCUGACUCAGGACGUGGCUCUGCAGGCCCCAGCCUUGCCCAUGGAAAGUGACUGUGACCCUGGGGACCAGUCUGAGAGCCAGCAGGCCCCCUCCAGCCUGCAGAAGCUGGCCGAGAUCAUUCAGGAUGUGCCUGAGGAGUUCCUGGAUCCCAUCACCCUGGAGAUCAUGCCUUGUCCCAUGCUGCUGCCCUCAGGCAAGGUCAUCGACCAGAGCACACUGGAGAAGUGUAACCGCAGUGAAGCCACAUGGGGCCGAGUGCCCAGUGACCCUUUCACAGGGGUAGCUUUUACUCCACACUCUCAGCCCCUGCCUCAUCCCUCCCUCAAGGCCCGGAUUGACCAUUUCCUGCUCCAGCACUCCAUCCCUGGCUGCCACCUGCUUGGGAGAGCACAGACAGCAUUGGCAGUGAUCCCUUCUUCCAUUGUUCUGCCCUCUCAGAAAAGGAAGAUAGAGCAGGCUGAACAUGUCCCAGACAGUAACCUUGGUAUAAAUGCUUCCUGUUUUUCUGCCACAAGCCCUUUGGUCUUACCGACUACCUCAGAGCACACUGCUAAGAAAAUGAAAGCCACCAAUGAGCCCAGCCUGACACACAUGGACUGCUCGACAGGUCCACUGUCCCACGAGCAGAAGCUGUCACAAAGCUUGGAAAUUGCCUUGGCAUCCACCCUUGGCUCCAUGCCCUCCUUCACGGCACGGCUGACGGGACAGCUCCAGCACCUUGGCACAAGAGGGAGCAGCACUUCCUGGAGGCCUGGCACCGGCUCGGCCUGGGAGCAUCCCGGGCCCUGAGUGUGCCUCCUGCAAAAGAGUAUUUUCUCCUUACUUCAAAAAGGAGCCGGUGUACCAGCUGCCCUGCAGCCACCUCCUGUGCCGACCCUGCCUGGGUGAGAAGCAACGCUCCCUGCCCAUGACGUGCACAGCCUGCCAGCGGCCGGUUGCUAGCCAAGAUGUGCUGCGGGUCCACUUCUGAGUGACUGGCCUCCACUGGAGGAGACUCAUCGCUGGGAGGAGCUGAGGGGGAACAGGAGCAGGGCCACAGCACCCCUGAGGUCUGGCCAGGCCCCAGGCACAGAGCUGCCUGCUCCCUCCCGGGGCUCUUCUUCAUCACCUCACGGUGUAGCACACUGCUUCUGCGCUGGUGGCAAUAGGGCAACAAAGCCAUAGGCCGGAGGGCGGGGGGUGUCCCUGCCUCCCUGCCACUCCCGCUGCCUGAGCCCAGGGCCUGCUGGAGCCAGCCCCACCCUAGGCAGGAAGACCCCUGCUGAGGGCCCCCGAUGCAGUCCGCAUACCCCUCUGUCCAGCAGGGCACUGUGGGUGGCUCACCCUAGAUUGUGGCCCAGAUCUCAGGAGUCUCUGCCUUCAGGGUCAUCCAAAAGUGGACCCUGGGGGAAGUGGGGGUGUCUGUGGAGUGCAUGACUCAGCCCCCCGACUCGCAGCCUUAAUAAAGCGAUGGUUGACGUCUGCUGUGGGUU